AUGAAUCUUGGGGCGAAACUACCACGAGGGGUUCUGCUUACGGGUCCCACGGGAACCGGAAAAACAUUGUUGGCCCGGGCGGUGGCCGGAGAAGCUGACGUGGCGUUUUUCUCGAUUUCCGCUAGUGAAUUGGUGGAGAUAGAUGCUGUUGGAGGAGAACGUGGAAGCAGUUCGAAUAGUGAACGUGACCAAACUUUGAACCAGCUUUUGACUGAGAUGGAUGGGUUUGAGAAGAGUUCAAAUGUGGUGGUUAUAGCUGCUACAAACAGACCCGAGUCACUGGAUUCUGCUUUGAUGAGACCGGGUCGGUUUUCCAGAAAAGUGGUUGUGGGUGAACCGGAUGAAGAUGGAAGACGAAAUAUUUUUGGUUUAUAUAUGGAAGAGGUGCCCAUAAAGGAGGAGGACAAAGAUGACAUUUGUGACCUUGUUGCUUCACUUACACCCGGGUUAGUAGGGGCUGAUCUUGAAAAUAUAGCUAAUGAAUCCAUACUUCUUGCUGCUCGUAGAGAUUGUGAUUUUGUGACCAAGGAGGAUGUUCUUCAAGCUGUUGAGAGGGCCACAACUAGAGGCAGAGGCAGACCCAUAAACAAAUAUCAGAAGUUGUACAAUUUUUUCUUGGAGGCUACACGCCUACACUUACGUUAAAUAAAAAGAUUUUGAAAAGAAGUUACACUUCAUCGGAAAAUUCGAAGGGUUGCCCGAGUACAACCAAUAUUUGUAAUGACAUCGGAAAGGGUGCAUUUAAUUCCAUGGUGGAUCCGUGGGAUUUAAAUUUUAAACUAAUUAACUAGGAUUCAUUCAAGAUGGCUCAUUCGAUUUUGGUUUUAUUAGAUUUUGUGUUUCUUGAACGUAUGUACAUUUUUUGGCACAGUGGAGAUAGGUUGUCGACAGUAUGUGUUAGACUAAAUCUAACCAAAAUGACUAAAAUGAUUGUAUAU